AUGGCCGAAGUCGUCUCCGCCGCUCCAUCUCCCUUGGCCAAAUUGAGCUUCAAGCCUAUCAUAAAGGAUGAGCUGAGGCCAACAUCUUCUGAGAGGCCCACCGCCACUUUCAACCCAGACCAGCACCUUGCCUUCGUCGAAGAACCUAAGAAGCUUACUCUCAAGGAUGUUUCUCUUCCGGAGGAUAUCGGCAUCUCCCCUGUUGCUUGUUCAGAGCCAUUCCCCUUGUUCACUGAGGAGGCCAUCCAAACGAUGCGGCAGGAGAUCUUCACAACGGAAGUAUAUGCACCUUUCAUGGACCAAGCCUGGAACAACCCGAAGACUCUUGAAGUCAUCUCCAAGGUUGCAGGAGUGGACCUUAUCCCGAACAUCCAGUACGAAGUCGGCAAUAUCAACAUCUCCAUCCAGAAAGCUGCCAGCGAUGAGGACAAAGCUGCUGCGAAGAGCGGGGACAACACUUCGGUUACCAAGUGGCAUUACGAUGCGUUCCCGUUCGUGUGUGUUGUGAUGAUGAGCGAUGCUACGAAUAUGCUUGGAGGCGAGACCGCUCUCAAGACCGGUACAGGGGAAGUCCUCAAAGUCAGAGGGCCACAGAUGCUGACGCUUCUCAAGGGCUACGCUGUCAUUCUCCAGGGGAGAUAUGUCGAACAUCAAGCACUGGCAGCUAUCGGCGGCGCCGAGCGCAUCACGAUGAUAACUUCAUUCCGACCUCGUGACCCUUGCGUGAAGGACGAUUCUGUCCUCACCUCAAUUAGACCGAUCUCGGAGCUAUCCGAGCUCUACUACCAAUGGGCCAAGUAUAGAGCUGAGGUCGUGAGGGCGCGUCUAGAUGCCAUGUUGAACACAUUGGAGGAGGAUCAUGAUGACGGAAAGCAAACAGACGUUCGAGGCAUUAAGCAAUUCUUGCUGCAGAACGAGGAGUACUUCGCAAUUACCAACAAAGAGAUUGUGGAGUUGAGAGAGCCUCAUCGAGCAUGGGAAGGGUAUUAA